AGAACCUCGAGUGAACCAGACGACCUGCUGACGCUCCUGAUCCAGGCAAACAUGUCAACAGACAUCCUUGAGGACCAGCAACUGACAACGAGGUCGUCGCACGUGAAUAUCUCACUCACUUUCUGCGUUUUCAGAAGAAGACUGACCCGUCGGCCCGGUAUGCAGCGCAAGCUGCGCGUGGAGCUGCUGCAGGUGGCCACAGACAGCCCGACGAUGGAUGAGUUGAAUGCGCUGCCGUACCUGGACACGGUCGUGCGCGAAACGAUGCGGCGCCACCCACCGGUGCCAGCAAUGGCGCACCAGGCGUUCGUGGACGACGCCAUCCCUGUAGACACACCAUACAAGGACAGAUACGGUCGGGUGCGUGAUCACAUCGAGAUCAAGAAGGAUGACCUCGUCGUCUUGCCAAUCAUAUCUCUGAACCGGCGCAAGGAGAUCUGGGGCGAGGAUGCACAUGAGUUCAAGCCUGAGUGCUGGGAACACAUCCCCAAGGUGGCGGCAAGUGUGCCUGGUGUGUGGGGCAACCUGCUCACGUUCAUGGGCGGGCCGCGGGCAUGCACUGGCUACCGGUUUGCUCUCGUCGAGACCAAAGCGUUGCUGUUUGUGCUUGUCCACGCUUUCGAGUUCAAGCUCGCCAUCCCGGCUGAGAAUAUUUAG